CAUUGCAGGACAAAUAAGUGAAUAACAACCAUCGUCGGCGUCGCAGUGAAGAUUAAAUAUAAAAUUACAAACAAUGAAAUGACUGGAAUUUUAUGAACGUUGAAAGAUUUAAUGGAAAACCUGUCUGUGAAUCCACGGAUACUCGCAUCCUUGAAAAAGGCUAAUCUUAGGAGCUUUGAAUCUGUACUUCAUCUUUCUCCUGCUGAUCUGGGAAGAUGUACUAAGUUGUCCUCAAGAGAUGUCUCCAUCAUCCUCAAGGCUGUAUCAGAGGAGGUUUACAAAAUCAAAAACAUCACAGCCUUAACUCUUUUCAAACAAAGCCAUCAAGAAGAUCGUAAAGAGCCUACUCACUUGACCACAGGAUGUCCAAUCCUUGAUGAAUUCCUUCAUGGUGGAAUCCUAGUAAAGGGCAUCACAGAAAUAGCAGGACAGAGUGCUGCAGGCAAAACACAGCUAUGUCUGCAGCUCUGUCUUACAGCACAGCUGCCUGUCCAGCAAGGUGGACUUGCUAAUGGUGUGGUCUACAUUUGUACUGAAGAUGUGUUCCCUAGCAAGAGGUUACAGCAGCUGAUCUCAUCAUUCAAUAGGAGGAUUGGGCCUGCUCUUGCUAAGCAGCUGGCUGUAGGAGAUCAUAUCUAUGUAGAACAUGCAGCAGAGAAGGAUCAACUGUGGCAUUGCCUGGAGAAACGUCUCCCCCUCCUGCUAUCCAGAGGUAUGGUGAAGCUAGCAGUGGUCGACUCCCUGGCAGCUAUUUUCAGGAGUGAGUUUGAGCUGCGGGACACAAUUAGACGAGCGAGGGAGCUGCAGCGUGUAGGCGCUCAUCUACAUAGGCUCAGCUCCCAGUUCAAUGUUGCUGUAGUGUGUGUGAACCAGGUAACAGCAAAUAUGGAAGCAUCCCUGGAUCCCACGGAGUCAGAAAUGAUGCCUGCCCUUGGUCUCACCUGGUCUAAUAUUGUCAAGGUUCGACUCAUGCUAAGUCGCACACCCUACAGGCUGCCCCCAUCGGAUACCACAAACAAUAGAACUGAUAGAGGAUCUGUAAAUGGAGAAUGUAGCCAUGAAAGUGAACAGAAAGCAGAGAUACCUGUCAGACAGAUUGAGAUCCUAUUUGCUCCUCAUUUACCCAAAGAGGUGUGUUACUACAUUGUGGAUGCUGAUGGAGUCAAAGGAUUACAGUGAUCUAUUGAGGAGCAAAGCAUCUUAUAGAGAUAUGAGAAACAGACAGUAGUUGAGAUAUAAAAUCAAGUGCCUGAAAGCCAGUAAAACUGUACAACAGAUUAUGACUAGAUUUUUAAAUAUGUUGGGGUAAGAUUAGAUAUGAAAUGUAGAUUGAGUGAAAAGACUACAUUGAAUCCGUGAUGAAUAGAGAGUUUGUCAUUUCAAAUUCAGCGUAUCCGCUUCAGUGCUACGAGUGGUAAUCAAUGCCAAAGAAUUUGAGAUGGUAUAUGGACUAAGACCCAAUGUAAUAUUCAUGAAAUAGUAGGGGAAAACCCUGAUGGUCCAUCUGCUCUCCCCAGCGUGUAUAAGGAGGAGAUACUCAAGGGUUAUAGUGAUUAAAUGAUUCAGAAUACUUAAUAGUAGUAAUAAAAAGAAUGGGUAUUUAUUUUGUUUUUAAACUUAAGAUGGUGUAGGAAUUAUGAGAUUAUUCCAAUGACAGAUAAUCUAUGCCAAAUUGAGCAAUGAAAGAUGGUUUAGAAGUUUAUUUUCAGCUUGAUAGCACAGAAUAGGGUUAAAGACUACUUAAAGGUACUAUUUAACAUUUUUUAAAUGAUGCCAUGCAUUUUGCAUAUUAUUCAAAAAUGUGUUCAGCAGCAAGGCAUCCAAGAAAACAUACAUGUUCUGUAAGGUUCUGUAAAGCUCUUCCCUAAAUAAGAAUGUCUCACCAUAUUCGUGUGUGUACCUUUCCAGUUCACCUAAUCAAAACAUGGUACAGUAUAAGAAAAAUGAUAAUAAUAAUAUACCCAAAAAAAUUCUUAUGCAGAAUGCCCUGUUAAUGCAAUGAUCUUUCUACUUUGCUGAAACUUUUGUUUUUCAAAUUUUGCACUUUUUGAUAAAUCUACAUAAUCUGGUUACAAUUUUAGGGUAAGAUCUAAUAGCAUCAUAUUUCUUCAGUGGGCUAUUGGUUGGUACCACUUUGUAAAAAUUUGUUAUGAAAUGUAUUUGUGACAAUAAAGAUGUAAUAAUGAAAGAUGAAAUAACGUGACUGAACUAUGGUACAUGAGAAAUAAUGAUUUAUAUGUUGUUUGUAUGCCAAAGAAUUUGCUCUAAUUAGAGGAUGUCUGGUUAGAUAGUACUGCCUUGUGAAAAUAGGAUUCAGAACACAUUUCAAUGUAAGAUGAUAGAUAUUUAGCCAUUUUUUGAUGAAAGUCUGUACCCCCAUUAAUUGCAUCACUACAUGAUCCAUAAGUAAUUCAUUUAAGAAAUACAAGAUUACAGAACAGAGAACCCAGUCCCUGGAUAACCAUGAUAGUACAAGUCCAAUAAGAUGUAGGUAUUCCUGAACUGUUACAUCUGUCGAUUUUAAAAGUAUGUUCUAUUAUUAUAAAUGCAACAUUCUGGUGUUUUUAAACAAUUAAGAUUAUUAAGAUUUAAUCUUUCCUUAAUUAUUGAUUAGUCAUGUACAUAAUGCUUAGAUGUUUUGUUAUGUGUCUCCAUAAAGUAUAUUUUGUGUUACAAAUGUAGUCCUGCAUUGAGGCAAUAUUUUAGUGGCCUGUAUGGCCUUGUACCAAGUCACUUUACAAAACCCAUGGAAGUAAUAUUUUCCAGGGGCCUUGUGACUAUUUUAUCAAUGUCUUUGUAAAGAGUUUCCAGUUUAUUAACAAUCAAUCCUAGUUCUUCUUCAUAUAUUUUCUUAUUUUAUUUUGCUCAUUAAUACAAUAAUAUCUUCAUUCUGAAAUUAUGAUGUAGCAUUUUAAAGUCUUAUCUAUGAUCAAAUUGUGCAUUUGCCAGUAUUUUGUCUGUCUGAUUGUUUAUUUGUGUUUCUUAGAUUCUUUUAUGUAUGUUUUAUUUUAAUGUGUAAAACUCUAGAAAUGAAUACUAGAAUUUUUUUAAGCCCUUUCGUUUUCCUUGGACAUUGUUUUUUCACCCCACCCUAAAAUAUAUAUAUAUAUAUAUAUAUGUAUUUAUGUAGAGAAAAUGAUAUGAACCUUGCCAUGAUCACUCAACUUGUGUUUAAGGGUUAGCUGUCAUAACAAAUUGGAUUAAUGUUUUUUUCUUCAAUCUUGUCAUAAUUACCUUACAAAGUUUUCUAAGUCUUGACUGAUAAAGGAAAUUUGAUGUGUCUCUGAGAAAGUUUUUUUGAGAGGAUAUGCAACUCUGUAAAGUCUAUUUUGUUUUGUGUUAGUGAGUUGAAUUUAUUUACUGUUGUCCAGAUAAUAAAUUAUCAGUAUUCCACAAA